AUGCCGUUCCAGUUCCCGCAAACGGGUAAAAAGACCCGGCGAAAAUCUGGGGCCUACCUGACACUCCAAACCGCAAGGUACGCGACGGAGGCCGCAGCAUUCGACACUCGACACGACACCGACCUCCUAAAGGAUCCCGCGGAACCGGACGGCUACACAAUGGGUCGCAGGUCCCAAAAGCCUCCACCAACCGCCGGCAGAGGCACCCAAGAUAUCGGCGACAUGCUGCAGAGGCCCAUGGCGCCCAAGAUGGCGACCCCGGCGGAACGCACACCAGCCUCUCCAGAAGAGGGGGAACAGCAUGGGGCUGGAUUAGAAAUAUCCGCUCCCCAAGCCACAGAGUCACCUGCCGGCCAAGACACACAAACCCCGGCUACCAAACAAGAUAUAGCCGACCUCCUGAUGGAAAUGAGGAGAAUGCAUGCAGCAGAUAUCAACCUAAUAAAGUCUGAAAUGCAAGCAAUGACCGCACGCACGCGGGCCACAGAGGAGGACAUCCUAGACCUCCAAAGAGAG